GAGGACAGACCAGCCUAGGAGAGGACAGAGGAACGAGCUGGAGGCUGCACUGAACUAGGGAGUUGUGCUGUGCCAUGAAGCUGCUGCCCAGUUGGAGAGUGGUCCUGCCCUCAGGCUCUCUGGCCAGGUUCUGGCCAUGGGCACAGCACAGAAGAACUACUCAUACCUGUGCCCCAAGCAUGAGGGCCCAGGAGGAUCCCGAGGGCCCAACACAGCAUGAUUCCCUGGGCUCAACAGAGACCGCCACACCAGAUGCCCUGAUGUCCUCGCCCAAGUAUGACAUGUUGUACAAGAUUGAAGACGUGCCUCCCUGGUAUCUGUGUAUCCUGCUCGGCUUCCAGCAUUACCUGACAUGCUUCAGCGGCACCAUCGCUGUGCCCUUCCUCUUGGCUGAGGCGCUGUGUGUGGGCCGAGAUCAACACAUGGUCAGCCAGCUUAUUGGCACCAUCUUCACCUGUGUGGGCAUCACCACCCUCAUCCAGACCACCCUGGGCAUCCGGCUGCCACUGUUCCAGGCCAGCGCAUUUGCAUUUCUGGUCCCAGCCAAAGCCAUCCUGACCCUAGAGAGAUGGAAAUGUCCUCCAGAAGAGGAGAUCUACGGUAACUGGACUCUGCCCCUGAAUACCUCUCAUAUCUGGCACCCACGAAUGAGAGAGGUCCAAGGUGCAAUCAUAGUGUCCAGUAUAGUGGAGGUACUGAUUGGAUUGACAGGGCUCCCUGGAGCCCUGUUGAGCUACAUUGGGCCUCUCACAGUCACUCCUACUGUCUCCCUCAUUGGUCUGUCUGUCUUCCAAGCUGCUGGUGACCGUGCUGGUUCCCACUGGGGCAUCUCAGCUUGCUCCAUUCUCCUGAUCAUCCUCUUCUCCCAGUACCUGCGCAACCUCACCUUCCUGCUGCCUGUCUACCGUUUUGGCAAGGGCUUCACUCUCUUCCGCCUCCAGAUCUUCAAGAUGUUUCCUAUCGUGCUGGCCAUCAUGACUGUGUGGCUGCUCUGUUAUAUCCUCACUCUGACGGAUGUGCUGCCCAAAGACCCUACAGCCUAUGGCUUCCAGGCCCGAACGGACGCCCGAGGGGACAUCAUGUCUAUUGCACCCUGGAUCCGAAUCCCUUACCCCUGUCAAUGGGGCCUGCCCACAGUGACUGCAGCUGCUGUCCUGGGAAUGUUCAGUGCCACACUAGCAGGCAUCAUUGAGUCCGUCGGAGAUUACUAUGCUUGUGCUCGACUGGCAGGCGCACCACCCCCUCCAGUACAUGCCAUCAACAGGGGCAUCUUCACAGAAGGCAUCUGCUGCAUUAUUGCAGGACUGUUGGGCACAGGCAACGGGUCCACCUCAUCCAGUCCCAACAUUGGAGUCCUGGGGAUUACCAAGGUGGGCAGUAGGAGAGUGGUGCAGUAUGGCGCGGGCAUCAUGCUGAUCCUAGGCACUAUUGGCAAGUUCACCGCCCUCUUCGCCUCGCUCCCUGACCCCAUCCUGGGAGGCAUGUUCUGCACCCUGUUCGGCAUGAUUACGGCUGUGGGACUGUCCAACCUGCAGUUUGUGGACAUGAACUCCUCCCGCAACCUCUUCGUGCUCGGAUUUUCCAUGUUCUUCGGGCUCACGCUGCCAAAUUACCUGGACUCCAACCCCGGUGCCAUCAACACAGGUGUUCCUGAAGUGGAUCAGAUUCUGACUGUGCUGCUGACCACAGAGAUGUUUGUGGGUGGAUGCCUCGCAUUCAUUCUGGACAACACCGUACCAGGGACCCCAGAGGAACGCGGACUGAUCCAGUGGAAAGCAGGAGCUCAUGCCAACAGUGAGACGUCUGCCAGCCUCCAGAGCUAUGACUUCCCCAUUGGGAUGAGUGUGGUAAAAGAGACUGCCUUUCUGAAAUACAUUCCCAUAUGCCCAGUCUUCAAAGGAUUUUCUUCAAAAUCAAAAGGCCAGCGUCCAGUUCCAGAAGAUACUGCAGAAAAUACAGAAACUAACUCUGUGUGCACCAAAGUCUGAAACAUUAGUUCCAGGAAAGGAAAAGUCUGCCUCAGCAAAUCUCACAGUCUGGGAAUUUAAAGGACUCCCUAUUUGAUGCCAUCAGCAAGAAAUAAAAUAUAAACAAUUAUUAGAAAAAAAAAAAAGGGCACUUGACACAGCUCUAGGUCAGCUUUUUGCCCAUUAUCUCAUCAAACAACUUCUGACUUUGGUAUGGAUCUCAGAGAAGGGCAAAAAAAAAAAAAAAGGGAAGGCCAUUCGGGAGUAGUAAUAGGUGUAAGUGUGUGUAGCUGUGACUUAGAAAGGAAGAGAAAGCAAAACCAUAGAAAAGGUGGCAAAUAUAUACAAAUAUAGACAGAUAGUUACAGAACUAACAGUUAACCUGUAUCUGCAACCUUGGGAGAACUACUGUAGCUUUCAAUGGAGGGAAUGGGGAUAUAGAACUCUGGUGGUGGGAAUGGUGUGGAAUUAUACCCCUGUUAUCUUAUAAUUUUUGUAAAUACUGUCACUAAUAAAAUUAUAAAAAUAAAGUCUAUGAAGGACACUAAAUGACAUGUAGUAUUUGGGAAACAUCAUAAAUGAAGCCAGUAAAAAUUACCUGGAUCCUAGGUCCUAAUCCUACACCCUUAAAUAUCUGAGGGAAGAAACUACUUUGAGAGGAGAGAAAAAGGCUGCUGACCAAGUUUCUGGAUGCAGCCAGUCAAGUGAAAGCUAGAUGGGGUGUGAAUCGCUUACUUUCAGAAUGCUGAGAUCUACAAUUAUUAUAUUUAUAUUUAAAGAGCUACAGUCAU